UCCCCCGAAACAUAAACUGCGAAUCGAUCGGUGGUUCCUAUGAGCUCUGAGGAAAAGUGCUUUAUAAACAUGUCAGCGUAUUCAAGAUUGCAUUGAAGGUGCAUUUUUAUUUUCUGUAGAGUAUGAAUGCACACUCAAAUAUCGCGUGAGCACACAGCUAUCGACCUACAAACCACUGAUCGGACAGCGAUGGAUUCCCUGAACUUUGAGUCCGAGAUGGAAGCGGAUGGACAGGGCAGUUAUUCGCUGUUUCCGGCGCUGGACAGCAUGAGCAGCCUGACUGGAGCCGCCGAGAGUCUAGAUGCCGAGACCCCCAGUGAGGUAGCAGAAAAACCGAAUCUCACUUGGCUCGAUGCUGCUCAGAUUGUUCUUGAAGAAGCUGGGCGGCCCAUGCACAUCAAAGAGAUCAAGCAGCGGAUCAUUGAUCGCGGACUGGUGCAGUCAAAUGCGAAGUCGAGCCUCGAGGCGGUCAUGUAUCGAGAGACACAGAAAGGGAGCAGACGCUUCAAGAGGAUUGAAAGCAGAAAUGGAGUUUUUGCCCUGUUGACCGAUGAAGAGAGACAGAAUGCAUUGCAUGCGUUCUCUGCCCAGUCGACCUUCUCGAGUUCAGGCUCCGGCUCGUCCGUGGGACCCCUGCCAUCCCCCACGAGCCACUCUGAAUCCAGGCCUAAAGUCAGGAAGGGUCCUCGCAAGAACCAAAAUGAGAAGUACCGGCUGAAGUACGUGCGUCUGCGCAAAGCUGCCCGUGCUAUGAUAUUUGAAAAUGCAGCACUGUAUGAUGAGAUUGCUCAUCUGGAAGAGAAGUUCGUUCGGGCAAAAGAAGAAAGGAGAUUUCUGCUGAAGUCUUUGUUGCAGUAUCAGUCUCUGGCUGAAGGAGAAUCGGUCCCGACUCCCAGCUGCAGCGCGCACGCGCCCGUCACGUUGAGCUCCGGCACACCAGGGGGCGCCGCUCUACCAGGGAGUCACAGCCAGGCCCCUGGAGCCUCAGGAUCUGACGACAGCCUCUUGAAGAAACCCAAAAAAGAAAGAAAAGAGAGGGGACGAGAGAACGGCAGGGAAGAAUUCAUGAAGAAGAUUUGUAAGAAAAGGAAGGUCGCUGAAGGAGGAGUGCGCAAGCUCGUUCAGCUCAUCUCACUGGACUCUUCGGGGAGGCCGGUUUUUCCCAUCGUGCUUGGUGGACUCACUGUCUACAGCCUGGGGGAGAUCAUCACAGACAGGGCUCUGUUUCAUGACGAGACUGCUAUCUAUCCUGUGGGGUUCUGCAGCACGAGAGUUUUCGCCAGCAUGAAGAACCCUGAUCAGAAGUGUCUCUACACCUGCCAAAUCAAAGAUGGCGGUCAAGGACCACAGUUUGAGAUCGCGCCAGAGGAUGACCCACAGAAUGCAAUAGUGGCCUCAUCAGCCCUCACCUGCCACGCAAACCUGCUCAAAGCCAUUGCUGCCCGGAGGGGCAAAUCCUUGACCAACAUCGCCCCAUCUGGAGCAGACUUUUUUGGUUUUUCUCACCCCACCAUUCAGAACCUGAUCCAGAGCUGUCCUGGGGCGCGCAAAUGCAGCAAUUAUCAGUGGGUGCGUUUUGAGGUUUGUCGGCCUGGUGAUGGGCAGGUGGCGCAUGGGCUUUCAGAAGAUGACGCGUCCGUGAACUUCGAGUCCUUUCAGCGAGCGCAAAGCUGUGAGGAGAGCCUGGCCGGUCAGAACCUUACAGCAGAACGCGGCAGCACAGUAAGACCGCAGCAGCCUAACAUCUCGUCCCAGCUUCUGAGCUCAGCAGUCCUGCAGACCGCCGUGACGUCUCUCUCCAACCCUUGAGCUUACUCAAACACCUUUGUCUGACAGCGAGCUCAAACUAAGGUUAGCUUUCAAACUGAUUCAUGUACAGAUGGGUCCCGUUUCCUUAGCUCAACCAAAGAUCUCCGCUUUGCAUUAUGAAACAUCACGCUGGAUGCGUUCCUGCAUGUCGCUGUAAGGAGUCGUAGAAUAUUUUUUUUACGCAAUUUAAAAAAAGCUCAAUCCUUAUGUCUGUACUGUUAAUGUUUUUUAAAGCAUAAACAUAGUCUUUAGUUUGAAAUAGUCCAGAUAAAAAUGGUGGACAUAAUCGACCCUUGAGCUUUUAGUAUUCUAUUUCAACUUGUUUUGCCAGUUCUGUGCAGCUCCUUAUGAAGCUGCUCGAUACAAUAAGAAAAACCCUUCUGGCUUUCAUCUUCCGUAAUGUAGGCCAUUCACUCCAUGUAUGCGAUGAGAAAGCUUUGUACCUUGAGAACAGUUCUCCUCGUAUAACACGUUUCAUAUAGAAACCUUGACAAUACACCUACCUUGGCGAUUGUAAAGCGAGUGUCAUUUUUUUGGGAAAUGUAAUAUUUCACUAUAUAUGAAGUUAUUAAAGUCUCACACCCUGA